AAAAUCGAGCAUUCUCCGUUCAGGUUCACACGUGCGCGUGCAGUUUUGUUAAUAACUCGUUUUUUCUGGACUUUUCCAAGAAAUUUUCGUGUCAAUCCGUUGAAAUUUACUAGUUUCUGUCCAUUUCCACCAUGGGCAGGAAGAAUAAGCAGAAAAUAAAGUCGCAGCUGGGCGCGGAAAAGCCCGCUUCAAACGGCAAAGCUUCCGUGGAGGAUUUGGAGGAGAACUUCGAGCUUGAGCCGGAACAGACCAAGGCGGACAAGCGGAAAAAGCAAAAGAAACGUAAGAACUCGGAGGGCGAAAAUGGUUCCGUUGCUGGUGCUUUUGUAAAACGUCCCAAAAACAGUGACGAAGAGGAGAAUGAUGAUGACGCGGAGGAAAACGGUCAUGAUGAUUCGGAGGAACAGGAGGAACACCCGACCGUUGGUUCCGGAGAUGCGUACGAGGUCUUGCUCGGAAGCCAAGAGUUUGAAUCGCUCAAGGGCAAAGUUUCCGAUAAUACGCUGAAGGCAAUCACCGAGAUGGGAUUCACCAAGAUGACGGAGAUCCAGGCCAAAGCGAUUCCGCCUCUGCUGGCCGGUCGCGAUCUGAUUGGUUCGGCCAAAACGGGCAGCGGCAAAACGUUAGCUUUUCUGAUUCCGGCCGUUGAGUUGAUCUACAAGUUGCAGUUUAAGCCAAGAAACGGAACCGGCGUGCUUGUGAUUUCGCCGACGCGCGAACUGGCCAUGCAGAUUUUCGGCGUGCUGAAGGAACUCAGUGCGCACCACCAUUACACGUACGGACUGUUGAUGGGUGGGGCCAGUCGGCACACGGAGAACGAGAAGCUGUCGAAAGGACUAAACAUUAUUGUUGCCACGCCGGGUCGCCUUCUGGACCAUCUGAAAGGAACUCCCAACUUCCUGUUCAAAAACCUUCAAUGUCUGAUCAUCGACGAGUGCGAUCGGAUCCUGGAAAUCGGUUUCGAGGAGGACAUGAAGCAGAUCAUUAGCAUUCUGCCGAAAAAGCGUCAAACGAUGCUGUUUUCCGCCACGCAAACCUCACGCACGGAGGAACUCGGCAAGCUGGCGCUCAAGUCGGAACCGAUCUACGUCGGCGUGGACGACAACAAGACGGAGGCGACGGUGAGUGGGCUCGAGCAGGGCUACAUCGUGUGUCCGUCGGAGAAGCGGCUGCUGGUGUUGUUUACAUUCUUGAAGAAAAAUCGCAAGAAGAAGGUGAUGGUGUUCUUUUCGUCGUGUCUGUCGGUCAAGUUCCACCACGAGCUGUUCAAUUAUAUCGACCUGCCGGUGAACUCGAUUCAUGGCAAGCAAAAGCAAGCCAAGCGCACGUCCGUCUUCUUCCAGUUCUGCAACGCCGAGUCGGGCAUCCUGCUCUGCACGGACGUGGCCGCCCGCGGUCUGGACAUUCCGGCGGUGGACUGGAUCGUGCAGUACGACCCCCCGAACGACACCAAGGAGUACAUCCACCGGGUGGGACGAACCGCUCGCGGGGACAACCUGUGCGGCCACGCGCUGCUGCUGCUCCGUCCGGAGGAGGUGGCUUUCCUGAAGUAUCUGAAGCAAGCGAAGGUACCGCUGAACGAGUUUGAGUUUUCGUGGAACAAGAUCGCCGAUAUUCAGCUGCAGCUGGAGACGCUGCUGGCGAAGAAUUACUUUUUGAACCAGUCGGGGAAGUUGGCGUUCAAGUCGUACGUGCGGGCGUACGAGGGGCACCAUAUGAAGGACGUGUUUAACGUGGGGAACUUGGACCUGCUGCAGGUGGCGCGGAACUUUGGCUUUACGCAGCCGCCGCACGUGGACUUUGGCAAGAGCUACAAGAUCCAGAACUCGGACCGGCGGGCGGGCAAUCGCGGGUUGGGCCACUUCAAGUCGCUGAACAAGGACAAGAAGGGGGAGAUGAAGUUUAAGCACAUUAAGAAUAGGAAAGAGCUGAAGAAGGUUGACUACAAGUGAGUAGGAGUUACACGUUACAAACCAGAAAUGUAUCAAUUUUUUAAGUGAA